AUGUCUCCUUUUGUACCAACUCCGAAGCCCAAGUAUAUUUCUGAUGACGAUGAAGCGACAGCUAUUACUUACCUUGGCGCGAAGGAGGAUAAAUUCGAGUCGGGCUUACCUGUUGUUGUAAACAUCGACUCAGAUCCAUCGUCAAGUGAUGGGCAGACGACUCCGACCAGCACCAGAGGUAUCUCGCCAAGGCCGCCACUAGUCCGGAGGAGUUACGAUGGCUCGAGAUUCCGGGGCUGGUGGAAAUCAACAUGGAAGAAAAACAAAGCUCCUCUUUUGAUGUUUGCAGCCCAGCUAUUUGGAGCCCUAAUGAACCUUACAGCCCGCAUACUCGAGGUAGAAGAAGGCGGGAUGCAUCCGAUGCGUCUCCUUUUCGUGCGACAGGCAAUGACUGCUCUAGGCGCCUCCUUCUACAUACUGUGGAAGAGAAUACCGCAUGGGUUAUUGGGUCAUAAAGAUGUGAGGUGGCUGCUGCUAUUGAGAGCGUUCUGCGGCUUCUUCGGAAUAUACGGCAUGUGGUAUUCCGUCAAGUAUAUACCGUUAGCCGAGGCAACCGUCAUCACCUUCUUGUCCCCCAACAUAGCCGGGUACAUGUGUCAUCUCCUCAUCCAUGACCCCUUUACGCGGACAGAGCAGCUCGGGUCCCUGGUAGCUCUGGGAGGCGUUGUGCUAAUUACGCGACCCCUAUCUCUCCUCCCGGGUCUGUCUUCGACGCCUACUCCAUCGGAUUCAUUAGAGAUGGAGGCAGUGAUGAACGCGACGACAGCGGCAACUUCAUUCCCCGAGGGAGAAGAUGGAGUAACAAGCAUAGAGCGGCUGGUCGCCAUCGGCUUCGCCCUGUUAGGCGUCUUCGGCGGGGCUGGUGCGAUCACGUCACUGCGGUGGAUUGGAAAACGAGCUCACCCAUUGGUAUCGAUCAACUACUUUAGUACGUGGUGCGUAGUGGUGUCGAUGGUGGUUCUCUCACUGGCUCCGGUGCUUGAUUACGGGCAACCGGAAAUGCGACUUGAGCUACCACACUCCAUCCGCCAGUGGGUGUUGCUUGUAGUCAUCGUGGCGUGCGGGUUGACCAUGCAAACACUGAUGACGGCCGCCUUGGCGACAGAGAAGAGCAACCGCGCCACAGCCAUGAUCUACACGCACAUGUUGUUUGCGGCAGCCUUUGACCGAUGGGUGUUUGGACACAUCAUGGGCUGGACAAGUGUAACGGGGUGCGGGCUUAUAGUGGGGAGUGCGCUCUGGGUAGCGCUUACGAGGCAGGCAAAGGAAAAGGGUACCGGGAUUGAGGACAACGGUGAUGCGGAGAGAGGCAUGAUGGCGAAUGUCCCGGGUACCACCGGAAGUGAGAGAGUGCCGAUACUUAUCGACGAUCUAGACUCAGACAUAGAUAUAGAAGAGGAAGAUGGUGUUUCGCUUAGACGACUGUAG